GAACACACGCACAGAGGCGGGAAAGACAAUGGGUAGCAACUUCCUCUUUCUCUGCAGACUCUGACUGGCAACUAUAGGAGCUACUAGAAACACAUGCAAAUUAUGGACAAUGACUUCAGUGCCCCCCUGGGGCCUUUGUUAGUCACAGAGAGCAUAGAGAUGGCUAUGGAAGUAGAAAUGGAGUGCUCCAGAUUCUGCGGCUUCUCCUGUACAUCUGACAUCAGAACUGGAAAGAGAAGUUUUUCUACUGAUUCAUAUUUAGCAAGUGGGUCUCUUAAGAGGAUUUUGCUGAGGCUAGAUCCUUUCCCAACUGACUAUGAAGAAGAUACAGUGGAAUUGUUUGGAUUUCAGUGGGUUACUGAGACUGCUUUAGUUGAGUCGUGUACUCUUUUGUUUGGAUUAUUUAGGCAACAAAUACAUAAGUUGGAGAACCUCAUUCAGCCAAGUUCAGCUGGCUUUGGUCAGGCGUCAAACCUUCACUGGGAGGCCCAUAAUAUCAGACAGCAAUGUAUUAAAUUCCUACAGUAUGUAAAAGUUUUCAUCUUCAGGUAUCUGGAACCACUCAAGACAGAAGAUGAUGAGCUGUUGCAUUCAUUUGAGAAACAAGAAAUUCAGCUCGCUUCCUUGCUUGUGGAGGAGCUCCAUUCUUUGACUCUGUACAUUGGACGCCUAUAUGAACUUCCUAGUUCUAUCCUGGGAGAGUUUUCCAUUCAGUCUCAAGCAAAGUUAUUUACCCCCUCUUGGCAUUUACUACAUCUCCACCUAGACAUUCGCUGGUCAGUGCUGGAAAUUCUUCAUAUUCUGGGUGAAAAGCUGCCAAGGCAAACUAUAUAUGCUCAUAAAUUUGCAAAUUUAACUGGUGAAAAUUUAACCAACAUCAGUUUGUUUGAACAACACUGUGGAAACCUCUUAUGUGAUCUGAUAAGUUUGUCAGUUAACAAAUAUACAAAGAUGAGGCUCUCUGAAGCUCUGAGUACUCAUCACUAUCCCUGUAACUGUGUAAAAGAACUGUGGAUUCUGCUUAUUCAGAUGCUGGACCACAGAAGUAAAGGAUCACUUACGGAGCCUUUCUGGAGCUGGAUGAAUAAAAUUCUAAAGAAUGUCUUUGAAAAAAGCAGCCAUGCGGAAACAAUAUGUGGCUUUGAAUCAGUUCCGUGCAAGGAUCCAUUGAGUUUUAGUUGGUGGAUUAUAACUCAUCUCUCAUCACUUUACCAUUUUGAUCACAAUGGAAAUGUGAAAGAAAAGAAACCAGUAGAAUCCAACUGGCCUUUUGUGGAAGAUCUGCUGAAACAGUCCAUCAACAGUCAAACUGGAAUAUUAGAAGAACAGUUACGAAUGCAUCUUCAGUGCUGUUUGACUUUAAGCCAUGUUUGGGAUGCAAACCUCCCUACUGUCACCAUACUCUGGGAAUAUUACAGCAAGAAUCUGAACAGUCCUUUUACAAUUCCUUGGUGUGGUCUCAAAGGUCUUGCAAAUAUUAAUAAAACAUCCAGGUCUAUGUAUGAGUUGGUAAAGAGCUGCUGCAAUGACAUUCAUUCUCCUGAUGUAUAUCUGUCUAGCAACAGUUACCAAAUUUUCCUUUCCAUUUUGGAACAAAUAAUGAAUAAAGCAGUGAAGACCAAUGGUGUUCACCCGUGGAAGCAAAUCAAAGGAAGAAUUUAUUCCAAGUUUCACCAGAAAAGAAUGCGAGAAUUGACAGAGUUGGGGCUGCAAAAUUUUUUCCAUCUUUUCCUUGUGCUGGCAGCCAUGGCAGAAACAGAAGAUGUUGCCAGCCGCGUGAUGGAACUUUUGAAUUUUCUUAGUCCAGCUUCCACAAGCCCUUCUCAGAGAGCUCUAAUCUGGAAAGGGUACUUUGCCUUCAUCUUAACAUAUGUUGAGAAGAACAUGGACAUUACUGUGCUGGCUGAGCACCUCUCAAGUGCUUUCCGUGAAAAGGCAAAGGAAUUCUUAGUAGCAAAAAAUGACAAUGUGCAGAAACAGAACCUCUGGAUGUUGCUUUCCACUUACGUUGAUGGCGUCCAAGAAGUAUUUGAGACCAGCCACCUGUUACAUCUUUCUGAAGAGAAGCUGCUGAAUGAUGGCUUCAGUAUGUUGCUGCCAGGCUGCCGAGGAGCGGAACUCGCAGCAGUCUUAAAUUGCUUGCAGGAUAUUCUGUCUCUGUUGAGAAACGUGCACAAACAGUUAGAACAGGGUAUGCCGAUAGGGAGUGUGGAUCCAACCAUGCAGCUAUUUUCAGUGGCGAAAGAGCACCACCUUGCUGUUGCCAGAGCUCUCUGGAGAAAUUUCUUUCCUUACUUAAAGAGCCAGAGAAUGUUGCAGAUUCCUCCUCCUCAGCUAGCAGAUGCUGCUGCAGGUUUUACUUUGCUGGCUUUGGAUUUGCCCAGCACAUGUACAACAGAUCUUCAACCCCAACCUGUUUUAGCAAUGAUGCAGUUGUUUGGAUGGGAUGAUAUGGUUUGCCCUGAGCUUGUAUCAAGAUACCUGAGCCACCUUAUACAAAACAGUGCAUUGUCUGAAGUACUUACUGGUGUGGGUCAUACAUCCUACCAAGCACAGUUAAUACGGUCAUGGUUUCGGUGUACUUUGCAAAUGUUUAUCAAUCUGCCUAGUGAUUCUUUGGCCAGGACAAACACUGAUCGAGCAGCUUAUAAAAUGUAUAUGGAGCAACUGACUGAACUCACAAGAUUGAUAUUUAAACUCCCAGAAGUUGGAGCUGUUUUCUCAAAGGCUCAUGCUGACGAGUCAGUGUACAAACAAGAUCCAAAGAAUGCUGUUUUACACUUUAUUAAGACCGUUGGUAAAUAUUAUGGAGGACUUCAAAUGCUAGAUGAAAAAUCUUCUAUGGUAACAAAGGCACUAGAAUAUCUAGGUGAUGUAUUAAAAUACAUAAAACCUUAUUUAAUGAAGAAAGGGCCUGCUGAAGGACUUCAUCUCACCUACAGGAUCAUGGGGUGUCUUGUGAAGUCCUGGGCAUCCAUACUGGCUACUUCCAAAGCACAGCCACUCUUGUUCCGCAUAAUAGAUUGCUUGCUUUUGCCACAUGCUGUGUUACAGCAAGACAAAGGGCUGCCUGCAGCGAUGUUGUCUGCCAUUCGGGAGAAUCUUCCUCAUUUUCUUCAGGGAUUGUCCUUCAUAUGUUGCCAGUCCCAGACUCAAGUGGCCUAUUUGCACCAGUUGCUAGGGAACAUUAUCCAGCAAUAUUUAGGGCGAUUUCUUCCAUCUUCACCUUCAGCUUCUCAAGCUUGGCAACACCCUAUUUUGCUGGCAAUAUCCAGUUCUGACACCAUCCCAGGAGCCUUACAUCUGUACAAAACCACUCUGCAGAUCAUCUGUGGAAAUUACCUCCAGUUCAAAGGCCAUGCUCCCCCUCCUCGCCUGGCAUCAGUUCUUGCUUUUAUUCUUGAAGCACUUCAGAGGACCAAGAGCACUGAAAUGUGCAACUCUGAGCUGGUGCUCCCUGUGGUGUUGAAAUGCUUAGUGUUGGUUAAUGAACCUCAAGUUAAAAAACUGUCUAUGGAGUUUCUACAGUGUAUCAUAGAAAGCUGCCAAACAAGGUCAGAACAAGAGCUUGCCACCCAGCUGACUUCCAUGUUCAGGCAAUUUAUCCAAGAUUACACUACUGUAUAUGGUAAUCAAGUUUACAGCAUCUUGGAAACAGUGGCAGUCUUGGACCAGUCUCUAGUUAUCAGCCUGAUUCCUGAUAUGACAGAAGCCCUGAGGAAUUCUGAAUACAAACAAGGUCUUGGCAGAAACACCAUGCAAAGGGGAGCCUAUAAAAGACUCUUAUCUCAGCUCGCAGAGACUGGACAAGUUGAGAUACUGAAACUGGAAAAUGAGAGCCAUUAGCCAUGUGAUGAUUAGUGACUUGUACGAGAUCACUGCUUGGGAAGACAGUCCUUUAUGCAAAGUUUGGCUUCCCUGCCUCCCGAGGAACUCUUUGUUUCUAUCUAGAAAGCUGUCUCUCUCCAUAGCUUUUUGCUGCAUUUUUAAUACUACAAGGAAGAUCGAAAAAAUAACAUGGAUCUCUAUGAUUUUAAACGACAGCAGUGUGCUAUCGAAUCCUACUAUGGACUGUUGAAAAUGCCAGCAAGUGUGGAGCUGGAUGACUUGCAAUAUUGUUUGAAGAAUGUUGCUUUUUUUUCUCUUAAGAGAGAUAGAUAAAGGGCAGCAGCAAAGGUAAUCUCAAACAGUAAAGUUUUCCUGCUCUAAUGAAUCAAUACAUUUUGGCUGUCAGGCUUUUCAUUCUGACAUCCUGACUGAUGUUUUGCACACAAACAGUUCAUGUGAGCGCGGCAGUGGCAAGAAGUUCACUCUGAGUAAGACCAGGGUUAGGUCAGAAUGCUUGAGCCACCUUAUGUUAACAGAGAGUUAGUGCAUAUGCAUUGCGCGGAAUGUUGACAGCUGUCCUGCCGUUGUUCCUGUAUUUAAAAAGUGUCAAUGUGUACUGCAAAAUUCAACCUAUGACCUCCUCUCUGUUGUCCUUGUACGGUUUUGCUGGUGGAGCAUGCAGUGCUUUGGUUCUUGAAUAACAAGAAAGGAUUUAGUUGUAAGAACUGCUGACGUGGUCGCUGUGCUAACAUCUAUUCCUUCCUAAGCCAUGUAUAUACAGCGGCACGCACGCACACACACACACACAUCACAUCGACUUUAUUACCUUGGUAAGGAUCUCGGGCAAGAUGAAUUCCUAACCAUAUUCUAAAACAGGGAGGAAAGAAUGCAGGUGCAAACAUCUUAAUUCAAGUUUCUGCUUAAUUUUUUUAAAAAGAUCACAUAUGAUUAAAUGCUGUAUGUGGUAAAUUAGAUUUGUCAGAUAUUUCAGGGUGUUAUGAUGUUUUAUUCCUCAAGUUCUGAGCCCCAUCAUAAUUCUCCCUGUAAUUUCCAAAUUUAUUUGAUGUAUGGAAUUCACACUUCUGCUGAACUAUCUGAGCAAUUUACAGGUAAUUUGAAUUGCAAUAGUGAGUGUUAUAGGCUUGGUGGGAAAAGCAGUGAAACAAACUAUAACUUGGCAGAGUUAAUGAUUAGAGUGUGUGUGUGUGUGUAUCAAUUACUGCCAUGGAAAUUUCCCUAUAAUCUUGCUCAGAGCCUUUCUGUAUUGUUAUAGUAUUCUUAUGUAAAGGUAGCAUAUUAUCUCUUCCCUAAAUCAACUAUCAUUACUUCAGAUAAUACAGUAACUAAAAGCCUCUUUAGGCUACUUAAUAGUGUAGAGCAUGGAGGUUCUUUUCAUUAUGAAAGUGACUUACUGAACCCAUAUUGUAGCUUCUUGUAAGCUCCUACACCUGGGAGGAGUUUUAUUCAUCUCAAAAAGGGCUGUGUUUCUGAAAGGUUUUCUUUAAAAGCCUCUUCAAGCAAGAUGUCUUCAAAAUCUGAGUCUUUAACAUUCACUAUGAUGGAACAGAUGUCUGUCUUUAGCAAUACUUUUUGGAAGUGAAGCCUUUGACUUUUAAGAACAGAUAUUGUACCAUAUUGUUUAACUGAACUGUAUUUUUUCUUAUUUCAAACAUAAUUAAUACUCAGCUGGUAUUGUUUAGGCAGAAGGCAAUGUGUCUCACAAUGCAAUAUAGCAUUCAGCUCAUAGAAGAACUAAUGUAUAAUGUUUGCAAUUACUCUGCUUAAAAGGUUUAACACAAAAGUCUUUUACAGCUCCAUCCAAAGGACAAUACCCCCUCCAAAAGGCUUUUCCGCAGCCCUGGAAGGCCAAAACAGUAAAAGAAAAAACCCACCGAGAAUCUCCCAUUGGGGAUAACAGAUACAUCACCAAAAAUGUGUCAAAUCUCCUUUGCCGGUUCUUCCAGCACACAGAGGUCAGGUGAGCAGUGGAGGGCGACAAUGGUCGGCUCCACUCCCUGGCCAGUCCCCAGAACAUCCCCGGCUAUGCCGAUGCAGCAUUUUGGAUACUCUCUCAAACAAGGACACUACACAAACAAGUCACUUCAAAAGUGCUAUAUGGCCCCUGUUGAGAAUGGCUGUUUUAGAGUAAGGUUACAAAUGAUUAUCUGGAUGAUUAGCUGAAGGUCAAUUAGAUGAAAUGAUAAGUGAUUGUGUAAGCAAUACAAAAUUAUGGAAAAUAUGCCUCAAGGGUCUCUUUUCUAAUGCUGCAUUCUAUAUAACUAUAUACAAAAAUGGUAAUUUUAGAUAGAGGCAUAGGAACCGGAAAUACCGAGUUAUUUGCUAGUUCAAACAUGGCUUUAAUUUUAGUGAGUUUUCAAAAUGCUAAAUACUUCAUUAAGUUUGAGGCUGAAAUCUUGACAAUAAUAAUAAUUCCCACUGAAUUAAGAAUUGACUUUGGGUUUAUAAUCCUAAUUUAUAGAUCACAAGUGUUCCUGUUUCCUGUACAGAAAGUCAGACCAGAAUCUUUGGAAAUUCACUUUAGUGUAACUAUUUCAGAUAAACUAAUUGGGUUAUAAACUAAAUUCUUUUACUGUGAAUUGUUUCUUCUCCAGAUGUUGCUGUUUAUCCUUUCUGCUUUUACAGGAAUGACAGUGUUUGGCUGCUAAAGUUGUUGCUAUAAUAACAGUGAAUUGUGCAAAGAAGUUGCUCCCAUAUGUUCCCAGAGUUCCCAUGUAUAUAUUUUACUUCUUUGUGUUGUACUUUGAAGACUAAAGUGAUCUUCUACAGUUGAAUACCUGGAAUAUUUCCAUCCAUAGAAUACAACAGAAUGCACUGCA